UAUUUACCCCACAGCACAUAAAACUUUAUAUAUCUAUUUUUAUUUUGCGUCUGGCCAAAUAUGCAAAAGAGUCUGUUGCUUGCUCUUUCCCACAUUUAGCUUGGGGAACAAGUCGGCGACGCCUUUGCUUUCAGUUCGAUAUGAAGUUACGUCUGUCCAAAUUCUUUUGGGGCAUAAGUCUGCGCCAGGGCUGCUUUCUGAUUGCCUUCACCAGCGUUUGCAUGAAGUUGGUUCAUCUAUCCUAUGGCCCAAUUCCGCUUGUGUAUCAGUUCUCUGUAUUUGUCUAUAGCUUUCAUUUGUCUGGCUGCAUUUGUCUUUGGUUGAGCGCUGCGAUUCAGAUGUCACCUAUGAUUGUUGUUUAUCUAUUCGCCGAUCUUUUGCACAUUGUUUUUAGCUGCAGUGUUGCUUAUUUCUGGGUGAACGACAAGAGCAAUACGCUCUUUGAAAUUGUUAUGAACUUUGUUUACAUGGCGCUUAGUGUUUACUUUUGGCUUGUAGCGUACUCAUACUUUAAACAAUGCAGGGAUAAUGUCCUGCCCGAAGUAACUGAGCGCAUGUCAACAAUAAUUUUAACCUAAAUUCAAUAAAUAGCAAGU